AUCAGCGACAAUUAUUUAGCUUUCGAGGUGGAUUCCGACUGGAUACCGCCCUUCAAUCUCGUGUACGUUCGGAUGAUGUCUUGCGAGUUCAAAACGGAAUUUCCCCAGUGGAUAAGAACGCAAGUGAAUGCAUUUGAGAUAGCUUUGUCCAACGCCUCCAUCACAGGAGCUCUCCCAGAUUGGCUAGGUCUCAUGUCAUUCUACUUCCUGAAUCUCUCUUACAACCAAAUAAGUGGAUCUCUUUCCAAGUUUUCUUCUAGCCUGUUUUCAUUAGAUCUCUCUCACAACUCAAUCUCAGGACCUAUUCCGCAAGAUAUUGGCCUAGGGAUGCCUCGAUUGGAUUACUUGUAUCUGAAUGAUAAUCUCUUGAGUGGUCCAGUACCAACCUCAUUAUGUGAGAUGGAAUUGUUUGCGUUGCACCUUGGAAGGAAUGAAUUAGUUGGCAAAAUUCCUGCAUGUUGGAAGCAUAACCCGUUUUUGAGUAUCCUUGAUUUAUCAUCCAACAAAUUGUCCGGAGUCAUACCGAGUUCUUUGGGAAAUUUAAUGGGGCUGGGGUCAAUACACUUGAACAACAACAGUCUCCAUGGAGAAAUUCCUGUGACUAUGAACAAUUGCAGGAACUUGAUCAUUUUGGAUCUUGGGGAUAACAAAAUCUCUGGAAGUGUUCCACAUUGGUUUGGACCAAGCUUUUUGUUUCUACAGAUUCUUAGACUGCGAGGAAACAUGUUCAAUGGUAGUAGUCCUCCACAGCUAUGCUCACUCCCGGCACUGCGCAUAUUGGACCUAGCCGUGAAUAACCUCACAGGAAUGAUUCCAGAUUGUCUUGGCUAUAUGAAAGGUAUGAAACUGCACAAAAGCAUACAUGGAGGCGUCUCACAAAAGUAUAACAUCACUUCACCAGAGUGGAAUCAACAGCAUGUGGAGCAGGUCGUGAAAGGGUUGGACCUUGACUACACAACACUGGAUCUACAGCUUAUGGUCAAUUUGGAUCUCUCGAGCAACAGAUUGAUUGGGCCGAUCCCUGAAGUGCUUACCUUGCUCUCCAUAUUGCGAGGCUUGAACUUAUCCCACAACUUUCUUUCUGGAUGCAUCCCGGCUAUGAUUGGAGACAUGAAAUCACUCGAGUCACUUGAUCUUUCGAACAAUCACCUUUCAGGAGCAAUCCCACAGAGCUUUUCUGCAUUUACAUCACUGAGCAAGCUGAACUUAUCACACAACAACUUCACGGGGCCAAUUCCCAAAGGCAAUCAAGUCCAGACCCUUGAUGAUCCUUCCAUUUAUGCCGACAAUCCUCUACUUUGUGGCGAUCCUCUACAAAAUAGAUGCCCCGGCACGGAGGCCCCUCAAGCACAAGAAGAAGAUACCAAUGAAGAAAGCAAGCUUGAAAAGGCGAUGUUCUACGUAGUCAUAAUGCUCGGGUUUGCGACUGGGUUUUGGGGAGUUAUUGGAGUUUUGGUGUACAAGAAGAAUUGGAGACGCAUCUACUUCGACUAUGUGGAUCGUAAAACAGACAUGGUCUACGUGAUUGUUGCAGUGAAGGCAGCUGAGUUGAGAAGGAGAUUCAGAAGGGAAUAA